CAUCUAUAAAAAUUAUCAUGAAAGGUGCUGAUACUGAUGAUAUCACCGCUGUGAAUGUGACGGACGGGGAUUCUAUAACUAUGAAGUGCAUUGUAGACAGUAACCCGAAGGCUUCCAUUACUUGGUAUAAAGAAGACAUGGAGGUCCAGCGGACUAUAAGUGACCGGACUGUCACCCUUACACUCAGCAACAUUACCCCGAGUGAUGCUGGGAGAUAUCGGUGUUCUGCAAAUAAUAAACAUGGGGCCGCACACAGGACGGCAGAAAUCAUAUAUCAGAGCACACAAAUACAGUUUAGUCCUGUGGUGGCGGCUGCACUUGGAGGAGUUCUUUUUCUUGUGCUGUUAAUAGUGAUGGGAGCAUUUCUAAUAAGGAAGAUGAGAAAAAAAAGACAAAGAAUUAAUAAGGACCUGAAAAAUAAUGUUGUUCCUCCAGAAGAAGCUACACAAGAAAACCUUCAAUCCUCUCAAGGAGAUAACCUAGUAUAUAUGAAUCAUGGUGAUGUGCAGUAUGCAAGCGUUGAGUUCUCCAAAGUGAAACCAAAGGAGGUCAUCACUGAAAACAUGGAGACUGAAUACUGUCAAAUUAGGAAAACUCAUCAUAAUUGAAUUAAAGGGUCUUACUGUAUUGAAAGAAGAGCUGUGCCCACAGACAUGCAUUAUGUACUUUUAUUACCCAGGGCAAAAAUGUAGUUUGAUGCCCCAACCCCAUAUCUCACAACUAGGCAAAGGACUGUAUUGAUUUUCUGCUUCAUUCUCAUCUUUGUUUCUUUAUCUUAUCUUCGAUAGCUAUUUGAUAAUCAGUUUUCUUCUCAUUAAACUAUCCCCUCAACAAUCCAGACUCGAAGCAAUGGCCAGUCUCCUCUAUCUGUCCAUAUUAAUGUCCCACCCUGUGCCAGUCACUGCACCAAUGCCUUCACCUUGUAUGAAUGGAAAGUAGAACUUGUCCCGCAAAUAACAUGUUCUUAUCCGGCUUUGUGAAUCUAAAAAUUAAUGGCUUUGGAAUAAUUAUGGCUUUAGAAAGGCUGAGAAUAAAAAACAAAAAUGAAAAUGGUC